UGUGGAGUAUACCAAACACACACAGUCGCUCGCCGCGGACGCGAGCUGACGCGCAGUUUUUGUGCUGAAAUACAUCCGCGCUUGUUUACAUUGUGUUUUAAAUAUUAUUUUUUGAUCGUGAAGCUCUAGUGCUGCCCUCUAUUGAAAUAUCUCGCAGUAUUAUCUGGCAAGAUGAUCGUCAUUGCCGUAGUAGUGGUGCUGCUCAUCACUCUGUACUUCUACGGUACGAGGAACUUCAAGUACUGGGAGGACAGAGGAGUGAAACAUGAUAAGCCACUCCCACUGUUCGGAAACAACCUGCAGGGCUACCUGUUCCGGUCCAGCAUGACACAAGUAGCAGACGAGAUCUACUGGAGAUAUCCCAACGAAAAAGUCGUCGGAUUCUACCGCUCCUCGCGACCCGAGUUACUCAUAAGAGAUCCAGAAAUUGCGAAACGUAUCCUGAUCACUGACUUUGCCCACUUCUUCGAGCGUGGCUUCACUCCCCAUAAGACAGUGUUUGAGCCUCUGAUGCAGAACCUGUUCUUCGCUGAGGGAGAUCUCUGGAAGCUGCUCAGACAGAGAAUGACACCGGCCUUCACUACAGGCAAACUGAAGGCAAUGUUCCCGCUAAUCGUUGAACGAGCAGAAAAACUGAAGACACGAGCGCUGACUGCGGCCGCUGAAGGCAAGUCUCUGGACGCGCGCGACUUGAUGGCGAGGUAUACCACUGACUUCAUAGGAGCCUGUGGCUUCGGACUCGACGCCGACUCACUGAACGAUGAGGACUCACCGUUCAGACAGCUCGGAAUUAAAAUAUUUAAAAUGAGACCUCAAGAAAUUAUUAUAGCCAUUGCAAAAGAAUUAUUUCCAGAACUGGGCAGGAAUCUAAAGAUAUGGACUCGAGUGGAGAAUGACAUCAACGAGCUUGUCGUAGAGAUAUUGAAGAAGAGAGACUACAAGCCCUGCGGGAGAGGAGACUUCUUAGAUUUAAUGUUGGAGUGUAAGCAGAAGGGAGUGAUGGUCGGAGAGUCGAUACAGAAUAAGAAACCCGACGGCACCGCGGAGACAGUCACUCUGGAGUUCACCGACUCGCUGAUUCUUGCUCAAGUGUUUGUGUUCUUUGCCGCUGGCUUCGAGACCUCGUCAUCAGCGACCAGCUAUACUCUACAUCAGCUAGCGUAUCACCAGGACGUGCAGAAGAAGGCGCAGGAGGAGAUCGACCGCGUGUUGGCCAAACACGACGGGAAGCUGUCGUACGACGCAAUUAGAGAGAUGCACUACUUGGAGAACGUGUUCAAGGAAGGGCUACGUAUGUUCCCGUCGCUCGGGUUCCUGUUGCGACAGUGUACGAAGUCAUUCACGUUCCCGGAGCUGAACCUGACGAUAGAAGAGGGCGUGCGAGCCUUAAUUCCUCUCCAGUCGCUGCACAAUGACCCGAAGUACUUCCCCGAGCCGCACGUGUUCCGCCCGGAACGGUUCGAGCCGGACGAGUUUGACGCUAACAACAAAUACGUGUACUUACCUUUCGGAGGCGGACCCAGAGCUUGUAUAGGUGAGCGCCUAGGUCUGAUGCAGUCACUAGCCGGGCUGGCAGCAGUGCUGUCUUGCUUCACGGUGGAACCUGCCAAGGAGACAGUGAGGCAUCCUGUCGUGGAUCCACUCUCCAGUAUAGUGCAGAGCAUCAAGGCUGGUCUACCACUCAUGUUCCGGGAGAGAACUAAACAUGCUUGAACUGAUGAAAUAAUUCGUAAAAUUUAGUAAGAAAUGACUUGGGGCUUGAUUCACAACAGUUUUUGAUUCAGGAAUUUCUUUAUAAUUCUGUUAGGUCAAGGCCCGUGCAGUUGGAAAGGGAUACACGUAUAUUUGCAUCUCUUUUCAACUGUACCUACCUUGAGAAGAUAUCUCGAUUUGAGUGUUGUUAUUUUAUAGGGGCCUACAGAACAUAUAAUUUGAUGUAUUUUCCAGGAAAAUGCUUGUAAUAGGUACUUCUUAAAAUAUUUUUCAAUGAAACCUAAUUGGUAGUAAUAGAACAGGCCGUAGGUAAUAGUAAAAUAUUUAAUAACUAACGUAUUAUUUAAAUAAGUCUACUAAGUGUAGUAUUAAGUGAAUGUAAUAUAAGAAACGUUUCCAAAUAAUUAAAAUUGAGGACAAUUCAGUUUGAUGUCAAGUUUUUUUAUCCAAUUUCAUGCGAGACUGGACAUUGUGACGUCAUGUUUUGCGCAGAAUAAGCGCACUAUUUUAUACUUACCAGAAAAUUAUAUUACUAAGAAACGAAUUUAUUGGAUGUAAUUUUUGAGUAGGAAACCUCAGGCGAUACAUGGCGAUUUAAAUCUAAAAUAAAUAAAGGAGAUUACCGUAGAUCGUACGGUAAUCAUAUACCAAGGAAGUUAGCCAUUAUAUUUAAUUUUAUGUAAUACCUAUAUCUACCUAGUAUAAUUAGUUCUUCAGUUCGUUCAAAGGUCGAAGCUAUAGUCCCUAAUAACGAACAUUUAUUUUACCUAUCUCUGCCAGUUACUAUUAUAAUUAUAUUGUAAUUUCAAUGAAAUGCUUUGUGAAACAUGUAUAUUAUAGUUAUAAUUAACUAUAAUGAAUGAUUGUCAUCGCAGUUAGCGAUAUAAAACUAUUGUUGUACCGUGUAGGUACUGUUUAUGUACUAACCUUACAAAUAUUGAGUGCAAUAAAGUAUCAUUAUUUUGUAUUGUA